AUGAGUCGCAGCAUGGAUCAGUUAAGUGACUCCCUGUCUUAUGAGGACAUUCUGGAAUACCUGCGUAUGAGCGGCAGCUAUGAUGUGUCUGUGAGCAAAUAUCACAAGGCGAUAAAGUGUAGAGAGGUGAGGAUUGUACCUGCAGGCACAGAGGGAGCAACUGUGGGAGGGAUAACUCAGGAUGGGGGAGCCAAAAAUAAGGGGAAGACAAUAGGGAAGACAACAGGAAAGACAACGGGAAAGACAUCGGGAAAGACAGCGGGAAAGACAACGGGAAAGAACUCCCCCUACAACCUCUUCGACAUGAACGUGGUAACCUUGUAUGACGAACUGCUGGAUGUGUUCCGCUACAACCACAUCGACAUAAAGAGUUGUAACUUCACCUUUUCGAAGAUCAGCAAGAAUACCUACCAAGGGUGCGUGUUCGUGUGGUUCGUGCUGAAUGGGGCUCAAAUGAGUAGAUCGAUGAGUUCGAGAGAAAGUAAAAAGGAUGAACAGAAGCGAAAGGGUGAAUCGAACCAAUUAGUAAUAUAUCGAGGGGAGGAUGACACGGAGGAAGGGAAAAAUCGAACUCAAAAGAAAGACAACCCUAUACGCAGCUUGAAGGUGAAGGGGAAUAGAGUGUCCAACAUAAAGGAGGUUCUAAAGGACACAUUCGAUACGCUAAUCUUUUUCAUGAUCAACCGAUAUAAUAUUAAGCUAAAAAUAAACCACUCCUACCGAGUGAAGGAGACAUGUAGCUAUGUAAUUACAAACGAAGAAGUGUAUAAAUUUCUGAAAAACGACAACUAUUUUAGAAUAGAUCUAAACAAACUACACUACGAUAUAAACGACUACUCCUUUGUCUUUGGAAAGAACAUAACUCAGUUUGUUGACUUUUUCAAAUACAUAAAACACAUCCACUCGUGUGCCUACCUGAUAUCCCUUCUUGUUAGGAUCAUUGCCGACAAGAAUAAAAUACACAAGUACAGUUCGCAGCUUUUCUUUUGCAAAAGAAAUGACGAAUGCAUUUGUAACCUGUAUAUGAGUUUUGUGAAACAGGACCAGGAAACUUUUCAGAAAAUAUUCUUUAAUAGCAAGCUGGUCAGCAUGCAGAAUAUCAUUCCGUCCAAGGUGUCCCUCAUCGAGGAGGUGAAGAAGAAAAUAAUGAGGAGGCGUGACUUGUCCUACCCUGAUGAGCUGUUCAUAUGCUCCUUCGUGAAGUCCUUCUACACGUUCAAGUUGGGUUCUGGGCCUCUCAACCAAGUGAACCAGGUCAACCCAACAAACGAUACCAUCGAUGUAGUCGAUUCGGUCGAUAUGAGCGAUACGAACGAUACGGUGGAAAAGGGUAACAGCAGUGACACGAUCGAAAAGGGUGACACAAGUGAUAGGAGUCCCACCGGUGAGACGGUCGAAACAAACCCCUCCAGUAACAUCAGCCCCAUUGCCCACACGAUACAGACCUACCAAACGAACAACCUGCACGACGUCGGCGUCAUCCUGGAGGACACACCAAACGCGCAUACAGCAGAUGCAGGGGGGGACGUCACAAAGGAUCACAUACUCAUAAGCGACAGCACAACGAAUGACGAGGAGAGUAGUAAAAAAGGGGAAUCACAAACACCUCCUUAUGCAGAUACUCCCACAGCAGAAAUAAAAAAUUAUUUAAAACAUUCUACAAGGAACUGCAGAGGAAACGUCUCCAAUACGCACCACCUCAACAGGGAGGAGGACAACAUAGAAAUGGUAGUUACCUACAGUGGUAAGAGGACACACAUGUAUAACCAGAAUUGUGCGAAUAGGGCGAGGAGUUCUUUCCACGAUUGGGAUAGAAAAGCCAGGAGGUAUAACGUGAGCAACAGAAGAAGUUGCUCCAUUUUUAAGGUGCACAGUGGUGCAACUGGAUUAAUUUACGGCAACAGAAGGGAGGUCCCCUUUUUGGGAACCAUUAGGGGGGAGACAGCAUCACAGUCACGUGGACAAUCCCAAUCACGUGCACAAUCCAAAUCGCGUGGGCAUACUCAAUCGCGUGGGAAUAUUCAAUCGCGUGGAAGGCUUCAAUCCAUAGCACACUCACUGUCCCAGCCGCAAAGGAACAAAGCACUGAACAACUUCCUGCAGAUGAGUAAUGAACACCACUUUGGAAAGAACAGACGGAAGGUCGAAGAAUCCAUUUUGGGGAUUCAGAAGAGGGGACAACCAAUCCCCGAAUAUGCCGUCCCAGACAGGAACCACCAUUCGCUGGAUGAUAAGGAACUCAUCGUGAUUGACCUGGAUGAGAGCACUUCCGGGGGAAGCUCGAACGAGAUGGUGAUGAAUGGGGAGCAGCUGGUCGGGGGGCAAUUAACAGAGGGGCACUGCACGAAUGAAGAACCCACGAAUGAAGACCCCACGAAUGAAGAACCCACAAACGAAGAACCCACGAACGAACCACCAAUGAACGAACUGCCAACGAAUGUGCUGCCCACAGAGGGGGUAGACGACAGCGCGCCGAUCAGCCACACGGAAAUCUACCAAAGCAGGGGGGAACAAAUUGAAAAGGGGAUGACGCCCAAGAGGAGCAACUAUGAUGAGGGAGGGCCCCCCAAUUACAGCGCAUUGAAGAGGAGGAAGACGAACGAGGAGUUCGGCCAGGAGGUCAGAGAGAGUAUAGACGUAAGCGACACCGCAAGGUGCAGCGUAGGUAGCGCUUCUGGUGAAUGCUCUGGUGAGGGUUCUGGUAGCGGUUCUGGUGAGGUUUCCGGUGAGGGUUCUGGUGACGUUUCUGGUAGCGGUUCUGGUGAGGGUUCUGGAGAUGCUUCUGUCGACGUCUCUGGUGGGAGUAUCCCUGAUGGGAACGACGCGACGGGCGCCUUUGCCAAGGGCGUGAAUUGCCAGAAAAAGUUGCACCAAAGGGGAAAGGUGGUGUCCGAUUAUGCCCUCAGGAGUACGACCUUUAGACAGAACCCAUACCAGGCAUACAGCAGUAGGGGCAUGAGCAGGUGGACUAACAGGCGCUCUGAAGGUCAACUGGGUAGAGAAAACUACAGGAGCAUGAAUGUGUAUUUCGAUAGAGGGAGGAGUGGGAGAUGCAUUAGGGGUUCGAGAUUCGGUAGGGGGGGGAUGAGCAUCAGGAACAACAGGAGUGUUGGGAGAGGCGAUUGGGAAGGAAGUGGGGACGACGAGGUGGAAAAACGGGGGCGCAGAGUGGGCACGAUGUUUGGACGUGGCGUGAUUAGACGUGGUGUGAUUAGACGUGACGUGAUUGGAUGUGACGUGAUUGGAUGUGGCAUGGAUAGACGUGGCAUGGAGGGACGUACCAUGGAAGGACGUACCAUGGAUGGACGUGACAUGAUUGGGCACACCUCGUGCAACAUGCAGGAGGAAGGUUUCCCUGGGGGAGUCCCCGAAGGAAGGGAACCCCUUACACAAACUAUGCCGAAGCAGAAUGUAUCAAACGGGGAAGAGUGUCCGAUCGUUGAGCCAGCAGCAACGGCAGGAGGUCCCACGGAACAGUACCAAAACAACUACGUGAUGCACACACAGGAGGGUGAAGGUCAAAUGUUCAGAAAAAAUGAACUCCACACAGAAGCAGAAAAACAGGAAAUCCAAAAUGUCGACCUGAUUAAAAAAAUGAACGAGAAUUUCUGUUACUUAAAUAACCAGGACAAAAUAAAUGUGGUAAACAUCCUGUGUAGUUACAGGACCUACUUGAAAAAAAUGAUGCACUACGAGUGUAUGAAGCAGGACUACUCGUUCGAGGUGGAGACGUGUAUCUUCUACCUGGAUUAUAUUAGUUCCGGCGGGGUGGGAAGUGGAAUGGGUAGUUGCAGUGAUGACGGUGCACAUCGGGGCCGAGGAGGGUGCCACGGUAGAAGAGAGACACACCACAGUGACCACGACGGAAGAGACACACACUACACUGAGCAAGACAGAAGAGAGAGACGCCACAGUGACCACGGAGUGGGUUAUACGAAGGAGACCUUACAACAGAGGGAGGAUAUAACGCACCCCCAUCCUACCUUCACCACAGAGUUGGAAAACGGAAAGAAACAAAAGCUCAUGCAAAAAAUAAAUUACUACGAAAACAAGAUCGGUGCAUUAAACAACAUUAUAUUGACUUAUGCACAUAUCAAUUCGAUCUACGUAGAACAGAUAAGGAAGUACCUUGCCCUGACUGAGUGCAUUAAAAGUUUUCCCUGCAGCUUUUACUACCAUGAGUUUGCCUUGGAGAACGGGGAGGUGCCCUUGGGGGGUGCACCACCGGCACCGAGGGGUGUAAUCAACGGUGCAAUGAACGGUGCAAUAAACGGUGAGGUUAACGGUGCAAUAAACGGUGAGGUUAACAGUGCAAUAAAUGUUGAGGCUAACGGUGCAAUAAACGGUGCAAUAAACGGUGCAAUAAAUGGUGAGGCUAACGGUAUGCUUAGGGGUGACGUCUGGAGUGAGGGGGUGGAUCAAAUGUACCGCGACGUGGUGAACCAGAUGCACAGAGACAUGAUCAACCAGAUGCAUUGGGCUGCCGUGAACCCAAUACAUAGCACCGCCGCUAAUCCAAUGCAUAGUGCCCCCGCCAGCCCAAUGCAUGGCACGGACGUGAACCCAAUGUAUAGUGCCGUCUUGAACCCAAUGCAUAGCGCUGACGUGAGCGCAAUGCAAAACGUCGCCCUGAACCCAAUUCAAAACGUCGCCCUGAACCCAAUGCAAAACGCCGUCCUGAAUCCAAUGCAAAACGUCACCCUGAAUCCAAUGCAAAACGUUGCCGCGAACCCAAUGCAAAACGUUGCCGCGAACCCAAUGCAAAACGCCGUCCUGAACCCAAUGCAAAACGUAUUCCUGAAUCCAACGUAUAACGCUGUCCUGAACCCAAUGCAUGAUCCCCUAGUGAACCCAGUGCAUGACCCCCUAGUGAACCAAAUGCAUGAUCCCAUCGUGAACCCAGUGCAUAACGCCGCCUUGAACCCAGUGCAUAACGCCGCCGUGAACCCAAUGCAUAACGACGCCAUGAACCCAAUGCACAGUGUAACUGCUAGCCAAAACGCAGAACCCGAGCGCCCGAGGAACUUCCCCGAGGACGCGCGAACGGUACCCGCCCAGCACUUCCCUCACGAAGGAAACCACCCAAGCGAAAAUUUCCAGAACAAGAAAAAUGGAGACGGACUUACCAGUUGUCGGUUCGAGCACCUAACUCAAGAGAAAAGAAUACCAAGCCAUGACUACAACAACAUGGAAAGAAAAAACAGAUGCAAGAGCAUCAUUAAAACUCCUUUCUCUACUUAUAUAAGGGAGGUUAACAGGCAAGACAAUAGUGAGAAGGUUGUGAUUGAAAGGAACGUGGGGCUGGUUCAAGAACACGAGAGGGACAAUAGAAGGAGAGUUGUGAAUGCUAAAUUAUAUCCCCACCCUAUGAACAAGAAUGUGUUAAAUUGCGAAAGUAAGAAGAAGAAGGGUACCCUCGAGGGGAAUUACCCUGGAACCAGAGCUGUCCCUAGGGGGGAGUAUCACCUACGUAAUGGCAAACGUAAUUACCAGAUGAUGAGGGGGGUCAUUCCUUUUAACAGAGACGUUCGUGUGAAUCGCAGAGCGUUUUACAAUUAG